AUGAAGUUUGUUCUUGUUGCUAUUCUGGUUCUUCUCUCCGUCGUUUCAGUGGAUGGACAAGCGAGUCUCUCUUUCGGAAACGCCACUCCAAAUGCUCCAGGUGUCAGUCUGACAGCCGUCAAUAGGAAUGGACAGUUGGUUGUAACAGUGCUCUGGGCAUUCCAAGCGUCUCAAUGUGAAAUUCUUCAAAGAACUGAUGAGACUAUCAACUCGAGAGCACGAAUUGUCAGUGUCACCAGCACUUGUAUUCACAGAAAUAUCUGUCAAGGUCGUGGGCCCAUCACAACUGGUAUCACUUGCGAGGAGUUCAUGAGCAAACUCAAUUGA